GUCCUGUCACUAGAGAAGGCUAACAAAGCUCUCUGCUAAUUCAGUCUCUUCUCAGCCAUUUUCUCUACCCAGGAGAGAAAGCGAGAGCCAAGAGGGUCUCUUUCUAGGUGAAGAAAACCAUCUUAUUUAUUUUGUGUUUUUUCUUCUCUCUUUACCAUAAAAAGCAAAGAAAAUCACGGUAAAACAAACUCAAAACAGAGAGACAGAGACAGAGAUUUAACAUCUUCUUCAAUCAUUCUGAGCAAGAAUCAGACAUGGGUUUCACUGUUUUUGUUUUCUCCAUUCUUAUUUUCAUCACGAACCCCAUAUGGGUUUGUGGAAAUGCAGAGCUUGGAGCACUCAUGAACAUCAAAGCUAGUUUAGACCCUGAAGGCUUGUACCUUUCUUCGUGGGCCGUUAAUGGAAACCCCUGCGAUGGUUCCUUUGAUGGUUUAGCAUGCAAUGAGUUGGGACGCGUGGCCAACAUUUCUCUUCAGGGGAAGGGACUCUCUGGCAAGCUCUCGCCUGCCAUUGCUGGGCUCAGGCACUUGACUGGCCUUUACCUGCACUAUAACUCUAUAUACGGAGAGAUACCUGAAGAAAUUUCCAACCUGAAAAAUCUCACUGAUUUGUAUCUGAAUGUGAACAAUCUCUCUGGGGAGAUUCCUCCUUCGAUUGGCAACAUGGCCAACUUGCAAGUUUUGCAGCUGUGCUACAAUCAGUUAACUGGAAGUGUACCCACUCAGCUGGGGUCUUUAAAGAAACUCACUGUCCUUGCCUUGCAAUCUAACCAGCUCACUGGAGCAAUACCAGCAAGUUUAGGAGAUGUGGAAAUGUUAAUGAGGGUAGAUUUGAGUUUCAACCACCUCUUUGGCUCCAUUCCCAUUAAGCUAGCAGAUGCCCCUUUGCUAGAGGUUCUUGACAUUAGAAACAAUAGUCUCUCCGGCAGUGUUCCUCUUGCUUUAAAGAAACUUAAUGAAGGAUUCGGAUACAAUAACAAUCUCGGAUUAUGUGGAAGUGGAUUUGCAGCAUUGAAACCUUGUAACUCUUCGGAUCAUGUCAAUACAAAUAGACCUGAACCAUUUGGGACAGCUGGUAUGUCAACAAGAGACAUACCAGAGACAGCAAAUGUAAAGUUGCCUUGCAGUGAAACUGGGUGUUCAAAUGUGUCUAGAUCCCAUCAGGCCUCUGUUGUUGUUGGUACUGUAGUGGUAUCUAUUGCAUUGUUAGCCAUAGGAAUUCUAUCUUUCACCCAAUAUCGUCGGAGGAAGCAGAGGCUUGCGACUUCAGUAGAUGUUGCUGAUGGACGGCUUAGUACUGACCAUCAGGCUAAAGGGAUGGUUAGGAAAAAUGGAUCCCCUCUUAUCAGCCUUGAGUAUUCUAAUGGUUGGGACCCUUUGGCUGAUGGAAAGAAUAUGAGUGCAUUUGCUCAAGAAGCUUUCCACAGCUUCCGGUUCAAUUUGGAUGAAGUGGAGGCUGCUACUCAUUACUUCUCAGAAGUGAAUUUGUUGGGGAAGAGUAACUUUUCUGCAACUUAUAAAGGGAUAUUGAGAGAUGGGUCACUGGUUGCUAUCAAGGGCAUUGGUAAAUCAUGUUGUAAGUCGGAGGAUGCUGAGUUCUUGAAAGGGUUGAACAUGUUGACCUCGUUGAGGCAUGAAAAUCUAGUUAAGCUAAGAGGGUUUUGUUGCUCAAGAGAUCGUGGCGAGUGCUUUCUCAUCUAUGAUUUUGUGCCUAAUGGGAACUUGCAGCAAUAUCUUGAUGUGAAGGAUGGUGACGGCGAGGUCCUUGAAUGGUCAACUAGAGUUUCUAUCGUCAAGGGCAUCGCCAAAGGUGUAGCAUUUCUACAUGCAUUCAAGCCCAAUAAACCUGCUCUUGUUCAUCAAAACAUCUCAGCUGAGAAGGUGCUCAUUGACCAGCGCUUCAACCCACUGCUCUCAGAUUCCGGCCUGCAUAAGCUUCUGACCAAUGAUGUUGUCUUCUCAGCACUCAAGGCCUCUGCUGCCAUGGGCUAUUUAGCGCCAGAAUACACCACCACUGGCCGUUUCACCGAGAAAAGCGAUGUUUAUGCAUUUGGGGUGCUAGUACUCCAAAUCCUCUCUGGAAAACGAAAAGUUACCAGCUCAAUCCGGCUUGGAGCCGAGUCAGGCAGAUUCCAAGACUUCGUUGAUCUGAACCUCCAAGAUAGGUUCUUUGAAUAUGAAGCUUCAAAGCUGGCAAAGAUUGCUCUGCUAUGUACUCAUGAAUCACCCAUCGAGAGACCCUCCAUGGAAUCAGUUGUUCAGGAGUUGAGUACCUGCAGUAGUUGUUUGAGUCUCUGAUUCAAAAAAGGAUCUUAAUCGUUCAACCAUUACCUGAUAUAACACUCAGAUUUGGUAAUGGUAAAGCUGGAGAUAUGACCUUACUAACUUGGCUUACUGGUAAUUAUAUAAUUCUAGGAGUUACUUUUCUUUUUCAAGUGUUGACAUGUCCUUUUCUUUAGGACCAAAUUAGCUUUAUUGUGAAAUGUUAAAUCUUGGGUUCUAUUGUAGAAUGGAUAUGCAUUGUUGGGGGAUCUUUUCUUUUGUAAUCACCUACUGUACGUACUGAGAUAAUUGGCUUACUGAGAGGUGAAAGUGUCCUCCAUUAACAGAACUUUUGACCUUGUAAUUUACUCUGCAUGUCAUGUCUGCUCUUCUGGUGAGCUUUUUGAUAAAGUAAACAAAUGCUAACGGAGAUUCUUAGGACGUUGAUAAAGAUAUGACAAUGUUUGGAGCGAAUGGGAGUUUGUCGUUU